AUGUCAUUGGCUUUCUCGCGUGCUGUGCGCACUUCCAAUGCCUCCCAAUUUAACUCGGCAGGUCUGAGGACACUACUAUGGAGGAAUGCGCCUAUCUCUCUUAGAGCUCUAAGCUCACUAGCUGGAGGCUUGGCCGAUAUUGAUCCUUCCAAACUUCAAUUUACACGGACAGGCAAACCUAAAACUUUGCCAGAGUCUUCAACAUUGAAGUUUGGCCAUACCUUCACUGACCAUAUGUUAACCAUUCCAUGGACACAAGAAGCAGGAUGGGGAGCACCUCAUAUCCAACCAUACGGCCCGCUCGCAAUGGAACCCAGCUCUACAGUGCUGCACUACGCGCAAACCAUCUUCGAGGGAAUGAAAGCCUACACAGAUCCCGAAGGCAAUAUCAGAAUGUUCAGACCCGACAUGAACAUGAAGCGUAUGAAUACUAGUGCACACCGUAUUGCCCUACCCACAUUCAACGGUGAUGCUCUUCUGGAACUCAUCAAGCAGCUUAUCCGCAUCGACAAGCACUGGAUCCCAUCUGAGCCAGGCCACAGUCUUUACGUACGGCCUACCCUCAUUGGCACACAAAAAGCUAUCGGUGUCAGCCCUCCCAAUGAAGCUCUUCUCUUCGUCAUCCUGAGCCCCGUAGGCUUGUAUUAUCCCACUGGCUUCAAACCUAUCGCACUCUACGGUACCACGGAGUACGUCCGGGCCGCCCCUGGAGGAACCGGUGCAUUCAAGCUUGGUGUUAACUACGCCCCAGGAAUCCUACCCCAGAGACACGCCGCCGCCCAAGGAUACUCCCAGAACCUGUGGCUUCAUGGGCCCGAACACUACCUCACUGAAGUUGGCACCAUGAACAUGUUCGUCGUGUUCCACAAAGAGGGAGGAGGGUAUGAACUUGUCACUCCACCCCUCGACGGCAUGAUUCUCCCAGGUAUCACUCGCGACUCCGUCCUCACCCUCGCGCGCGAGCACGCAUCCGGCGUCAAACCCGUCGCAGGCCUCCCCACGGACAUCACAGUCUCAGAGCGACCCGUAACAAUGUCCGAAGUCAAGGAAGCAUCCGAAUCUGGACGGCUCGCUGAGCUCUUUGGUGCUGGUACUGCCGCUAUCAUCAGCCCCGUCGACCGCAUCGGCUACCUAGGCGAAGACGUCCACAUCCCAGUUGGCAAAGAUGGCAUGGGCCCACUUUCGCGCCACAUCUGGACCGAGCUCGUCGGUCGCCAAACCGGCAAGAUCCCAAGCGACUGGAGCAUCGUUAUCUAA